GAAGCUCAGGAGACUGCAAAGAGCUCAGAGCUAAAAUGCCACAGAAAUGGUACCUGUGGGUUGCAAUUUGGGCCCUUCUGGCUAUAGCUACAGCUCAACGCGGAGCCAGUGGCAGGAACAGAAACAACAGGUGGGAGCAAAAGUGGAGCCAGAAGCACUCUGCCUACAAGACUUGGAACUCUCGACUGUACCCCCAGUGGAGACAGGGAGACCCCAGGCAGCAAAACUGCUGGCGAGGUGGUAAUGUGACGUUUGACAUCAGUAAUGAUGCCCCAACUAUAACAGGUGCCAAAGCCACUUUCAGCAUUGCUCUGCGCUUCCCUGGCAACCAGAUGGUUCUUCCAGAUGGGCACGUAGUGUGGAGCCAGAACUGCUCCAUAAAUGGUAUCCAUGUGCUGCAAGGGGACCCUGUUUUUCCCAAUCAGGAGGCUGAAGGCUCUGAUUGCUUCUUCCCUGAUGGACAGCCCUUCUCUCAGAGUGACCAUUACAGGCGUAGCAAAUUUGUCUAUGUCUGGCAGGCACGGGGGCAGUACUGGCAGGUAGUAGAUGGUCCCUCAUCCCUGCUGACCAUUGAGACAGGUGAUACACCUCUGGGUUCUUACACCAUGAAUGUGGAAGUCUAUCACUACCGGGGACGUGAGAAAUUCAUCCCUAUAGGUGGAACCUCCUCAGAGUUCAGCAUCAUAGACCAGAUCCCAUUCAAUGUGGACAUUGCACAGGUGCUGGAUGUAAACGGGACAGAUGGCCGCUUUGUGCGAAACCGGGCCAUCUCCUUCGUUGUGCGGCUCCACGACCCCAGUCAAUACCUGCGCGAUGCUGACAUCUCCUACUCCUGGGAUUUUGGCGACCAGAGCGGGACUCUGAUUUCUCGGGCAGCUAUGGUCACCCACACCUAUCUUGCUGCUGACACCUUCAGUCCUCGUGUGGUGCUCCAGGCUGCCAUCCCCUUGGCCUCUUGUGGGAGUAGCACUUCAGAGGAGCCACUCAUCAUCCCCACCACGGAUCCGACUGGCACCACAGUUCAAGUGACCACAGCCUUGCCCACCGUUAGCAGCAUAACUGAGGCAGGCUCGGAGGGUGUCCCCACCUCUGCCCCAGCCUCUGGAACUUCAGCCCUCCCAACUCAACAGCAACCUCAGACCAGUUCUUUAGCAACUGCAGCACCCGCUACAAUAGUCAGCGCUGUGCCUGAAGGGGCAGAUUUAGCCAUUGCUUCUGUAGAACCUGUGAACGAUGCCUCUGUUACCUCAGCUGAAGAUGCUGCCAGCACUAUGGACCCUGUAUCUGUAGCCGCUGCAGGGCCUGCAUCUCUCCCAAGCACCACAGCACCACCAUCAGUGUCCAUGUCUGCUGCAGAGAUGUCUGCAUCUUUACCAGGCACCGUGGCCCCUGAUUCUUCAUCUGCAAUGGCACUAGAGAAUGACCCAAGCACUCUGGCACCCAUGGUUUUGUCUCCAGAGGCACCUACAGCUGUGCUUCCUGGGGCAUCAACACUCCCUAGUGUGGCUGACACUCCUCUCUCUCCAGCAGCAGCAGACACCGUUGAAGACUCAGCAACCAUCGAACUGCCUGUUUUGCCUGACACUAGAACAGUUGCGACUGAAAUGAUCCAGAUCUUGGUAAAACGCCAGGCACCUGCUGGCUGCCUCCUCUACCGCUAUGGGACCUUUGCAACUCAUCUGGACAUUGUCCAGGGCAUUGAGGGUGUGCAAAUUGUGCAGGUGGUGCCGCUGGCAUCAGCCAUUGCUGAAAACACAGUAGAUCUCACCGUGACCUGCCAAGGAAGCCUCCCUGAACAAGUCUGCACAACCAUUUCGGACCCCGAGUGCUUGACGGCCCAGGAGACGGUGUGCAGCCCGGCCCAGCCUAGCCCCAGCUGCCAGCUGGUUUUGCGCCAGGCCUUCAACCAGUCUGGCCUCUACUGUGUCAACAUCUCGCUGGCUGAUGCUAAUAGCCUGGCUGUAGCCAGCACCCAAAUCAGCAUUCAGGCAGGAACAACUUCAGGCUCAGCUCAAAUUGCAUUGGUAGUUGGAGUGGUACUGGUUGCUUCUGCCUUGGUUGCUGUUGCCUAUACCUACAGGCAUGUGAAAUACACACCCCUCCAUGCUGUGAUGUCAGCCGGAGCCUCUCCCAGGAGCUGGUUACCGGAUCGUACCACUGUGCACCUCUUCCUACACAAAGCUUUUCGGCAGGAGGCCAGUGGGGAAAGCAGCCCACUGCUGAGGGGCAAUGUGAUCUAAAGCUGGAGAUGAAUGCCAAAGGACCUGUCUGGCCUUGCUAACUACUGAUCCAGAUGCCUCACAGAGCCAGCACUGGGAAAGGAGAUAGCGUCCUCCCCUUGCAAUUAUUUCACCCUAAACUGACCCACCCAACGUUGUUUUUUUCUUUUUAAAAAAAUUUCCAGCAAAGUAAA